CGGAAUGUUCAACUCCUGACUCGGGCGGAAGCGUGGGAGCCGCGCGGGCCGCCGUCCUCUCGACCCCCCCCCGCACCCCCCACGGUCGCCGGCCCUACCCUCGCCGCGCGCGGGGCCUCGGCGCCCCCCGGCUGCUGCUCGCGCCCGGCCCGGGAGCCAGAUUUUGUGGGAGUCUAAUACUUUGUCAUUAUGAGAUGUCGUCUCUCGGUACCUCCUUUGUGCAAAUUAAAUUUGAUGACUUGCAGUUUUUUGAAAACUGCGGUGGAGGAAGUUUUGGGAGUGUAUAUCGAGCCAGAUGGAUAUCCCAGGACAAGGAGGUGGCUGUAAAGAAGCUGCUCAAAAUAGAGAAAGAGGCAGAAAUACUCAGUGUGCUCAGUCACAGAAACAUCAUCCAGUUUUAUGGAGUAAUUCUCGAACCUCCCAACUAUGGGAUCGUCACAGAAUAUGCUUCUCUGGGAUCACUCUAUGAUUACAUUAACAGUAACAGAAGUGAGGAGAUGGACAUGGAUCACAUUAUGACCUGGGCCACUGAUGUAGCCAAAGGAAUGCACUAUUUACAUAUGGAGGCUCCUGUCAAGGUGAUUCACAGAGAUCUCAAGUCACGAAAUGUUGUUAUAGCUGCUGAUGGGGUAUUGAAGAUAUGCGAUUUUGGUGCCUCUCGGUUCCAUAACCAUACAACACACAUGUCCUUGGUUGGAACUUUCCCAUGGAUGGCCCCAGAAGUUAUCCAAAGUCUCCCUGUGUCUGAAACUUGUGACACAUAUUCCUAUGGUGUGGUUCUCUGGGAGAUGCUAACAAGGGAGGUCCCCUUUAAAGGUUUGGAAGGAUUACAAGUAGCUUGGCUUGUAGUGGAAAAAAACGAGAGAUUAACCAUUCCAAGCAGCUGCCCCAGAAGUUUUGCUGAGCUGUUACGUCAGUGUUGGGAAGCUGAUGCCAAGAAACGGCCAUCUUUUAAGCAAAUCAUUUCAAUUCUGGAGUCCAUGUCAAACGACACUAACCUUCCCGACCAGUGUAACUCAUUCCUGCACAACAAGGCAGAGUGGAGGUGCGAAAUCGAGGCAACUCUUGAGAGGCUGAAGAAACUCGAACGGGACCUCAGCUGUAAAGAGCAGGAACUCAAAGAAAGGGAAAGACGUCUGAAGAUGUGGGAGCAAAAGCUGACGGAGCAGUCCAACACCCCGCUGCUGCCCUCCUUUGAGAUUGGCUCGUGGACUGAAGACGACGUGUAUUUUUGGGUUCAGCAGCUCGUCAGAAAAGGAGACUCUUCAGCAGAGAUGAGCGUAUAUGCAAGCUUGUUUAAGGAAAACAACAUUACAGGAAAGCGACUGCUUCUUCUGGAGGAAGAAGACUUGAAAGACAUGGGCAUUAUCUCCAAAGGGCACAUCAUUCACCUGAAGUCAGCCAUUGAGAAAUUAACCCAUGAUUACCUAAACUUGUUUCACUUCCCACCACUAAUUAAGGACUCAGUAGAUGAACCUAAAGAAAAUGAGGAAAAAAUUGUGAACCUUGAACUUGUUUUUGGUUUUCACUUGAAACCAGGAACCGGCCCACAGGAUUGUAAGUGGAAAAUGUAUAUGGAGAUGGACGGGGAUGAAAUUGCAAUAACCUACAUCAAAGAUGUGACAUUCAACACUAACCUACCCAAUGCAGAGAUUUUAAAGAUGACAAAGCCCCCAUUUGUAAUGGAGAAGUGGACUGUAGGAAUAAUGGAAAAUCAGACUGUAGAAUGCACUGUCACCUAUGAGAGUGAUGUUCGAGCUCCAAAGAGCACUAAGCACGUCCACUCAAUUCAGUGGAGUAGAAUGAAACCUCAGGAUGAAGUGAAAGCCAUCCAACUUGCCAUUCAGACAUUACUCCCUAACUCAGAAGGCAACUGUAGAAGCAGGUCUGACUCAAGUGCUGAUCGCCAGUGGCUGGAUACUCUGAGGUUGCGGCAGAUUGCAUCCAAUACUUCUUUACAGCGUUCCCAGAGCAAUCCCAUUCUGGGGUCACAAUUAUUCCCCUAUUUCAAUGACCAGGAUUCCUAUGCUGCUGCUGUAAGGCGGACCCAGGUGCCCAUUAAGUAUCAACAGAUUACACCCAUAAACCAAUCCAGAAGCUCCUCUCCUACUCAGUAUGGACUGACCAAAAACUUCUCUUCCCUACAUCUCAACUCCAGGGACAGUGGCUUUUCCAGUCUUCCAACUGACAGCUCUUUAGAGAGGGGUCGAUACUCAGAUAGAAGCAAGAACAAAUAUGAUCGUGGUAGCGUAUCACUCAAUUCUUCUCCUAGGGGAAGGUACAGUGGGAAAAGUCAGCAUUCCACACCUUCACGAGAAAGAUAUUCUGGAAAAUUAUACAGGGUUUCUCAGUCAGCACUCAAUAGUCAGCAGUCACCUGACUUCAAGAGAAGCCCAAAGGACUGCCAUCAACCCAGGACCAUACCAGGGAUGCCUUUACACCCUGAGACUGACUUACGAGCCAGUGAAGAGGACAGCAAAGUCAGCGAGGGAGGAUGGACAAAGGUGGAACACCGUAAGAAACCUCACAGGCCCUCUCCUGCCAAGACUAACAGGGAAAGAGCCAGAGGAAACUACCGUGGAAGGAGAAACUUUUGAUGAAUUGAACUAGAUGAGUUUUCCUA